GGCAUUCGCCACGCAUUUGUCAGGCUCGUCCUCCGCGAUAACCUUCGCGAGAACUCGCCAAAUCUGAGAAGAAAUCGCGGCGAACCGUUAAUAACCGACGCAGAAUAGAAAUCAAAGGCACCCUCGGGUCAUCCGUAUGAAUGCAACGGACUUACGUUUAAAAGCAUGGACGCCUGCAGUACCGCGCAAGAUACCGGACAACAUUGUGUCCUCAAGCUAUACGACAACGAGAGCAUUCGUGCCGUCCUACGAAAAAGAAAAAGAACCUCGCAUAGAACAACUACUCUCGAAUGAAUAUCAACGAAUUUGGUGGCAGGAAAAACUAGCUUGGGAUAAGACUGUAACUGCUAAAAAAAUUGCAAGCAAAAAAAUAUUACCCCGUAAGAUGAUUAAGAGAAAAGUACCAACAUGUGUGACUGUUAAAUAUCCAACAAGAGAAGAGAGAUUGAAAGAUAAAAAGAGAAAAGAGUUUAAGAAGAAAUCUAACGAGAAUCUUAAAACUGAAGAGACGAUAUUCGCAAAACAUAGCGAUACAAAAUUUAAAAAACGCAAAGAGAUGAAAUUCAAGAAACAGGAGGAAACAAAAUCAAAGAAUUGUGAAGAAAUAAAAUCAGAGAGUUGUGAAGAAACAAAAUCAGAAAAGUCCGAGAAAGAGAAUCCUCAAGCAGAAUACAAAGAAACGAAAUCAGAACAAGUCGAGGAAGCGAAAUCAGAAGAAGGCGAAGAAACGAAAUCAGAAAAUUAUAAGGAAACUAAAUCAGAAAAAUGCGAAGAAACGAAAUCAGAAGAACGUGAAGAAACAAAAUCGGAAAAAUAUGCAGAUGCAAAAUCAGAAGAACGUGAAGAAACAAAAUCAGAAAAAAAUGCGGAAGCAAAAUCGAAAGAGCGUGAAAAAACGCAAUUAGAGAAUAGCCAAGAUACAAAAGGAGAAAAAUACAAGGAAAAAAAUUAA